GAAUCAGUUCGCAAGUAUUUGCUCGUUCGCCGCUUGUGUUGUCCUGCAUUUGCGAACACUGGACAGCAACUUAACCUGUUUGUGUUGACAGCUGCUGAAGUCCUGUGCAAUGUCUCGUCGAAAGCAGGCGAAGCCCAGAUAUCUGAAAGGUCAAGAUAGAACGUUAAAUACAGAGGAAGAUAGCAUGAUAGUGGGGAAGAAACGUUGCUCCUGGGAGAGGAGAAAAGAAAACAAUGAGGAGAGGGAAAGAACUGAAAAAGAGAAGGAUGCAGAUGCUAAAGAGCACAAAUGUGCAAGCCUACAACAACCAGAAUCAUUCACCCAACAGAGACUGAAGUACUGCCACAGUACAGCAAAUCAUAAUGUGGAGAAAGAUGAAGCAUGUUGUUUGGCUUUGCUUCUUUCCCCUGGUCCUUCCUCCUCUGACCAUGAAGAUGGAUGUGACCUUGGAUUCAUGAGAGACACAUAUAAAGAUCAUCAGAGUCUUGGUCAGUGUGGGAGGUCAAACACCCCUUUGCCUGGCAACAGUUUAGUAGCUCUUAAAAUAUCCCAACAAGAUAUCAGUAGUGAGACCUUCAUGAACAGCAAACAGGGCUUGAGUAAUCAAUAUGAACAGGGUAGUGCUAUACCCUCCCAAGAUCUCUCUCUUCCAAAUGAUCCACUGAAUUACAUGGGGGACACUAAGAAAAGACAACCUCCAAAUUGUGCUGCACAAGAUCAGUCAGCCCUCUCAAUGACAGAGCGCACCUGUGCCACCUCACACAUGUCCAGCCCAGCCACUAAAAAUACUGCAGAGGUGGCAUUUAGGACAAUGGCUUCUGCAGAAAAGAGAAAGUGUCAUUUUAACGCAAACAGUUGUUCAGGAAUCUCCAAAAAGCCCAAGGUUUUCAGUCAUUGUGUUCAUUGUCACAACCACAUGAACCCCAGAGCACAUCCACAGACCCAAAACAUGGAAAAACAAGAUCCGCUGUAG